CACCAUAAAAAUAAAUUGGUCUGUCACUGUCAAUUUAAACUUUUAAAGUGUCAACUUGGUUUUUCUUCGUAAAUCGGUUUGUUUUGUAUAAUACCUAUAGUUUAAUUUGUGUUUAUCUGCUAUUUAAUUAUUUAUUACUGUGAAUCAGAUCCAGAUAAUUCAUAUUUAGGAUAUGGCAAAGCGAACAAAUCCAUUUGUCGAAGACUUUGUACCACAAAGUAAAGUUCAUAUAGGCAUGAAGCAGUUCAAUAAUAAUCACGAUCGACUGAAACAAGUUUAUGAAAAAACCUUACUACUAUUAUUCAAGGGUGCCAAAAAAUGUUGUCCUCAAGAAGUUACACAUUCUGAGCACGCCGCUUUGACUACCACAGAUAAACAAGACAAAAUGAAACAAUUGUUCAUUGGCAAAGAUGGCACUCUCCUACAUUCCGGCAAAAUGGUAGACAAUAAGUUACAAUUAAAACAAUGUGCCUGUGGUUGUACUGUGGAAUCUCAGUGUGCGUACUGUGAGGUGAGCUUGUGUUGUGGCUGCCAGCAUAUCUGUGUGCACUGUGAGCGCUCUCAUUGCGUACAUUGCAUCAUGAUUGGAUUGGAGGGUGCCGAAAUAUGUGUGUCUUGUUACAGUUAGCCCGAUAUCAGUAAGCUGAAUGUUAUAAUUAGAUAAUUUAUUGUAAGCUAAGUAUAAUUGUAAUAAGAAAAGUUUCCCUAAUUUAUAGAAGACAAUAAAACAAGUUAAUAUUACAGAA